GCGCGGGACCGUUAAAUUUGAAAGUUGGCGGGUGGGGGUGAGGGCUUGAGGUAGCUGUUUGGGAGGAAACUGGGUGCGUGUUUUUGUCCUGAGGCACCCUCUGGUUGCGUCGGUAGCAGGGCAGGUUGCAGAAGGAAAACAAGACGUUCUCAUCAGGACGAGGGCUUGGGCCGGGAAUGCAGGAUGGCGGCGGCGAGGAAGGAAGGGGGUGCUCCGAGUGACGCCAUGUGCCUGGAGGGAGAUGAAUGGGAGCUGAGCAAGGAAAACGUGCAACCCUUAAGGCAGGGGCGGAUCAUGUCCACACUUCAGGGAGCACUGGCACAGCAGGACUCUGCCGGCAACACGACUCUUCAGCAGCAGAAACGGGCAUUUGAAUCUGAAAUUCGAUUUUACACUGGAAAUGAUCCUCUAGAUGUUUGGGAUAGGUAUAUUAACUGGACAGAACAAAACUAUCCUCAAGGGGGGAAGGAGAGUAAUAUGUCCACAUUAUUAGAGAGAGCUAUAGAAGCACUACAAGGAGAAAAACGGUAUUAUAAUGAUCCCAGAUUUCUCAGUCUCUGGCUUAAAUUGGGGCACUUAUGCAAUGAGCCUUUGGAUAUGUACAGCUAUUUGCACAGCCAAGAGAUUGGCAUUUCACUUGCUCAGUUCUAUAUCUCAUGGGCUGAAGAGUAUGAAGCUCGAGAAAACUUUAAGAAAGCAGAUAUGAUAUUUCAGGAAGGAAUUCAGCGCAGGGCUGAACCACUGGAAAGACUACAGUCCCAGCACCGACAAUUCCAAGCUCGGGUGUCUCGACAGGCCCUGCUGGCACUUGAAAAGGAGGACGAGGAGGAAGUUUUUGGAGAUUCUGUACCACAGCGAAGCACACUGGCAGAGCUGAAGAGCAAAGGGAAAAAGACAGCAAGAGCACCAGUCAGCCGUGUUGGAGGUGCUCUCAAGGCUCCAAGCCAGAACAGAGGACUUCAAAAUCCAGUUCCUCAACAUAUGCAAAGUAAUUGUAGAAUUACUGUUUUUGAUGAAAACACGGGUGAGGCUUCUCUAGCAGAGUUGUCUAAGCCUGCAGUCCAGCCAUGGACAGCACGCCCUGUGGCCAGGGCCAAAGAAAAUGAGCUGCAAGCAGGCCCUUGGAACAUAGACAGGCCCUUGCAAAACAAGCCUCAUGAUAAUACAGCUUUUGUGGCAGUUGGGCCCCCUGUGCGUCCCAGUUUUACUCCAUAUGUGGAAGAGACUGCACAACAACCCGUUAUGACCCCAUGUAAAAUUGAACCCAGUAUAAACCAUGUUCUAAGCACCAGAAAGCCUGGAAAGGAAGAAGGAGACCCCCUGCAAAGGGUUCAAAGUCAUCAGCAAGAGUCCGGAGAAAAGAAAGAGAAGAUGAUGUACUGUAAGGAGAAGAUUUAUGCGGGAGUUGGGGAGUUCUCCUUUGAAGAAAUCCGGGCUGAAGUUUUCCGGAAGAAACUAAAAGAGCGAAGGGAAGCUGAGCUCUUGACCAGUGCAGAAAAAAGAGCAGAGAUGCAGAAACAGAUCGAAGAGAUGGAAAAGAAGCUAAAAGAAAUCCAGACUACUCAACAAGAAAGAGCAGGUGAUCAGCAAGAAGAGAAGGCGCCUACAACAGAGACAGCUAAGCCACUAAUUGCUUCCGAGUCUCAGGAAACACAAGGAACGGCUCUCCCCAGAUCUGUUUGUCCAGGAAACUCUUGUGUCAGGCAAACUUCACUUGCAGAAAACAUUUGGCAGGAACAGCCUCAUGCUAAAGUCUCUCUUUCUGUAGAUUCCAGUACACCAUUCUCCAUUUUUGAUGAGUUUCUUCUUUCAGAAAAAAAGGAUAAAAGUCCUUGUGCAGAUCCCCCAAGAGUUUUAGCCCAACGAAGACCCCUUGCAAUUCUCAAAACUUCAGAAAGCAUCACCUCAAAUGAAGAUGUAUCUCCAGAUGUUUGUGAUGAAUUUACAGGAAUCGAGCCCCUGAGUGAGGAUGCCAUUAUCACAGGUUUCAGGAAUGUAACUCUUUGUCCCAACCCAGAAGACACUUGUGACUUUGCCAGAGCUGCUCGCUUUGCAUCCACUCCCUUUCAUGAGAUAAUGCCCUUGAAGGAUCUCCCCUCUGAUCCUGAGACACUACUGCAAGAGGAGGAUCUAGACGGGAAGACCCCUGAGGACCAGCACACUGCCUGUGGCACUCUCUACAAUCAGACUCUCAGCAUCAAGAAGCUCAGCCCAAUUAUUGAAGACAGUCGUGAAGCCACGCACUCCUCUGGCUUCUCUGGAUCUUCCGCCUCAGUUACAAGCACCUCUUCCAUCAAGUGCCUUCAAAUCCCCGAGAAACUGGAGCUUACUAACGAUGCAGAAAAUCCUACACAGUCACCCUGGUGUUCACAGUAUCGUACCCAACUACUAAAAUGCCUGCCAGAGUUAAGUGCUUUUGCAGAGUUUUCCAUAGAAGAUCGACCAAUGCCUAAUUUGGAAAUAGAGAAAGAAAUUGAAUUAGGUAACGAGGAUUAUUGCAUUAAACAAGAAUACCUAAUGUGUGAAGAUUAUAAAUUAUUCUGGGUGGCACCAAGAAACUCUGCAGAAUUAACCAUAAUAAAGGUAUCGGCUCAACCUGUCCCAUGGGACUUGUACAUCAACCUCAAGUUAAAGGAACGUUUAAAUGAGGAGUGUGAUCAUUUGUGCAGCUGUUACCAAUACCAAGAUGGCUAUAUUGUUUGGUACCAAUAUAUAAACUGCUGCACCCUGCAGGAUCUUCUCCAACACAGUGAAUUUAUUACCCAUGAAAUAACAGUGCUGAUUAUUUAUAACCUUUUGGCAAUAGUGGAGAAGCUGCACAAAGCAGAAAUAGUCCAUGGCGACUUGAGUCCAAGGAGUCUGAUUCUCAGAAACAGAAUCCACGAUCCCUAUGAUUGCAAUAAGAACAGUCAAGCUUUGAAGAUAGUGGACUUUUCCUACAGUGUUGACCUUAAGGUGCAGCUCGAUGUUUUUACCCUCAGUGGCUUUCGGACUGUACAGAUCCUGGAAGGACAAAAGAUCCUGGCUAACUGUUCUUCUCCCUACCAGGUAGACCUGUUGGGUAUAGCAGAUUUAGCACAUUUACUGUUGUUCAAGGAGCACCUACAGGUCUUCUGGGAUGGGUCCCUCUGGAAACUUAGCCAAAAUGUCUCGGAGCUUGAGAAUGGUGAAUUGUGGAAUAAAUUCUUUGUGCGGAUUCUGAAUACCCGUGAUGAGUCCACAGUGUCUGUUCUGAGGGAACUUGCAUCAGAAAUGACUGAGGUUUUUGACACCACCUUCCAAAGUCACCUGAACAAAGCCUUAUGGAAGGUAGGGAAGUUAAUUAGUCCUGGGGCUUUGCUGUUUCAGCAAGAUAGGCCAUCGAGUCUCACACAGCUUCCUGUCUAACACCAGGGGUUGUGUUGUGGAUCCAUGCUGUCUAGUUUAAUUUAGGACACUCUUAUGUACACUACCAAUGCUUUUCUACCUUUGGGUAGAAGUAACUGGUGUUUUUUUACACAGCAGUGUACCUACUUGCACCUUUUUCUGAUUUUAGCAAAGAACUGUUUUAUUAUAAAUGGACCCAAUACAAAUGGGCAUCUUGAUACCAUUUAGCUCAUUUGUGUCUCCUCUUCCCUUUUGUAAUUUGUGACAUGACUCGUGAUCCCCAUGUGUUUUGUAAAUAAUAAAAGCAUAUGUUAAAUUUGUGCUUCUAACAUUUCAUCUACUUUUUGCAAAC